AUGGCUACUACUCCGGGAAUCCUUACUGACUGGCCAUGGAAGCGCCUUGGAAGCUUUAAGAGAGACUUGUCAUCUUUCCUCAUCUUCCCUCUUCUUCUUUGGAGAGCGAUUCACAACCAAAUUUGGAUUAGUUUCUCUCGUUACCGAACAACCAAAGGCAAUAAUCGAAUCGUCGACAAGGGUCUUGAAUUCGACCAAGUUGACAGAGAGAGAAAUUGGGAUGACCAAAUAUUGUUGAGUGGAAUCAUAAUCUACUUGACAAGCCAAAUAUUGCCGGGAGGCUCAAACCUACCAAUGUGGAAGACAGAUGGCGUAAUAUUAACCAUUCUUCUCCAUGCAAGUGUCGUGGAGUUCCUUUACUAUUGGCUUCACAGAGUACUUCACCACCAUUUCCUCUACUCUCGCUAUCAUUCUCAUCACCAUUCCUCUAUUGUCACGGAGCCCAUUACCUCUGUAAUUCAUCCAUUCGCAGAGCACGUUGCGUAUUUCAUCCUCUUUGCAAUACCCUUGCUAACAACAAUAUGUACAGAAACUGCAUCAGUAGCAUCGGUUGUUGGUUACAUGACUUUUAUUGAUUUCAUGAACAAUUUGGGUCAUUGCAAUUUUGAAAUAAUUCCUAAGUGGUUCUUCUCUAUCUUCCCUCCUCUCAAAUAUCUUAUGUAUACACCCACGUUUCAUUCUUUACAUCACACUCAGUUUCGAACCAAUUAUUCUUUGUUUAUGCCACUUUAUGAUUACAUAUAUGGUACGAUGGACAAAUCUUAUAGUUGUCUAUAUGAAUCAUCACUCAAAAGAAGGAAAGAGUUGUCAGAUGUCGUACAUCUAACGCAUCUAAUAACACCGGGGUCGAUUUACCAUCUACGGCUUGGCUUUGCUGGAUUGGCUUCUAAGCCGUACGUAUCAAAAUGGUACUUACGGUUGUUCUUACCUGUGACGUUUUUGGGACAAAUGGUAUUAAGAUGGUUGUAUGGUCACUCGUUUGUUGUCGAGAGGCUUCGUUUCGGUAAGCUUAAAAUGCAAACAUGGGUUGUACCGAAAUACAAGAUUGAAUACUUACAAUGGAAAAAUUCAUCUAUCAACGACUUGAUUGACGAAGCCAUACUUAAGGCCGAGGAGGACGGGGUCAGAGUACUGAGUCUCGGUCUCUUGAAUCAGAGUAUGGAGUUAAAUGCAUAUGGCGAGCUUUAUAUUAACAAACAUCCUCAGUUAAACAUGAAGAUUGUAGAUGGUAGUAGCCUUGCGACGGCUGUAGUACUGAACAAUAUUCCAAAAGGGACAACUCAAGUUCUCUUUAGAGGAAAACUUAAUAAAGUUGCUUACGCAAUUGCUUUUGCUUUGUGCCAAAAGGGUAUCCAGAUAGCUACAUUGCAUCCCGACGAGCACGAGGAACUUAAUAAACACUUAACUGAUGCCAAAUUUGCUUGUAAUUCAGUUCUCUCAAGAUGUUGUUCUCAUAAGGUUUGGCUAGUGGGAGAUGGAGUGGCUGAUGAAGAGCAGUUAAAAGCUUCGAAAGGAACUAUAUUCAUUCCCUUUUCUCCAUUCCCACCUAAAAAAUUACGCGAAGACUGCUUCUAUCACUAUACACCCUCGAUGCUAACUCCUAAAUCUCUUGAGAAUCUCCACUCUUGUGAGAAUUGGUUGCCAAGAAGGGCGAUGAGUGCAUGGCGUAUAGCAGGAAUGGUGCAUGAUAUUUAA